AUGAUCGACAUCAACGCGUUGAGACUGCCUAAAGUUCACCGAGCCCCUUUCACGAGCAAACAAUGCAUAGGCCGAAGACUCAGGAUGAAGAAUGGCGAAGACCGGGUUCAAAUGCCGACCUGCCAAUCAGGUCAGUAUGCACCGUUGACAGCGCAGAUCAGCCUGCUCACGGCGAACCUGACAUUCCUGGGUUGCGACAUCGAGGGUAUCCUCAUCCACAACUUCGGGUCAUGA